AUGCAAUGUUCAACAAGAUGGUUAGGUGCUCUUAACCCAACAAUCCAUAAAGGCCGUUGGACUCCAGAAGAAGAUUCAUUGCUGAAAGAGGCAGUUGGCGAGUAUUUGAAUUUAUUGGAUUCAGAUGGCCACCCACAACCUAUACCCUGGAACAAAAUAGCACAACGUAUUCCACAUCGAACUGGUAUUCAGUGUCAGGCUCGUUGGUCGGAAGCAUUGGAUCCAUCAGUUAGAAAAGGUAAAUGGUCACCGGAUGAAGAUGAAAUUUUAAAAGAUGGUGUCAGACGUUAUGGUAGAUGCUGGAUUCGUAUUGCUGAAUUGAUCGAUGGCAGAACUCAGCGCCAAUGUAGGACAAGAUGGGUUCAGAUUAGAAAUAAACAAGCUAAAAGUGAAAGAGAUUCUAUAGCAGCUAAAGCAGCCGUAUCAGUUAAUGGAUGA